AUGGGAAACCAAAUUAAGAUAUUCUGGACAGCAGCUUUGCUUUUUUGUUAUGUCCACAUUACUUUGUCUUUGCAAGUUGAAAAAGGAGCCGAUUUUGGGAGUCUGAUAAUUAGGAACAACAGUGGAGUAGAAACCAAGAGCAGUCGUACAACAGCAGAUCACACGAGACAGAGGACGGAGGAGGCUCCAAAGAAGAAAAAAGUUACCAAGACAAAAAACAAAUUGCUUUCUGGAGCCAGCUGCUCUGCACUGGGAGGAAUCUGCCAGUCAACAAGGUUCAUCUGUCAGGGGCGCUAUCUGAACGAGAAGUGUCCAAGAGGCAAAAGUCAAUGUUGUGUUCCGGAUGGAGCUUGGAGUGUACUGUGCUCUGGUCAUUACAACAAUCGAAUCCGAGCUUGUGAUGUUUACGGAUGUGGGGCUUUCAACUCUAGGAGAGGAACCAAAUUGCACAAGGCGGUGGACGUGGUGUGUGAUGACUUCGGGAUCAUCCAGGCCCCGUUCUCUGGUGUUUUGUCGGGGCCGGUGAGUCACACAGAUCCCACCGGGAUUCAGUACGACGGAGUCAAACUGGUCAGCCGAGUGCGCUGUGUGAAGCUGCUGAACCUGCGGCCGUACCAGUACAUGGGCCCCGUGACCAGAGGACGUCCGGUGGGGUACGUGCUCCCCCUGCAGGAGCGCUUCUCUGGGAUCACCUCUCACCUCAGACUGCAGAUGUGCGACGGAUCAGACCCCACUGCUUUUCUAUAA